AUGAAAAGGUUACUAAAUAUUUUAGCGUUGUUUGUAAGUUUUGCGAGUAUAAUUCCAUUGUGUUGUUCAAUAGAAAGACUAAGCUCUCCAGAGUUCUAUCUUAAAUAUCACAACGCUAUACGUGAACAUGUUGGGUCUCCAGCGCUGAAGUGGGACCGAGAAAUAGAAAAACAUGCUCGCAAUUUCGUGAAUGCACACAGUGUGGACUGCUUAGCAAAAAAACCUUCAAUUAGCAGCGGUAUAGGUUGGAACAUUGCACGUAGCUGGGGCAAUUACACCUUUGUAGGAGGAGAAGCUCUGGUGCAAUGGGCCCUUCAGCAUGAAAAUUACGAUCAUGUAACUAACUCGUGUGUUGGUGGUGAAUGCCAUGCCUUUACUCAACUUGUUUGGAAGCAAUCUACUCGUUUAGGCUGUGCUCGAGUCACGUGCCACAAUCAUUCAGGCACUCUCGUUAGAUGUAACUAUGAACCUCCCGGUAAUAUUCCAGGUUAUGCUUUUGGGAUGAGUGGUUUCAGGACAUGGUAUUAG